AUGAACUUGUAGAAUAUCUAAUUGAUGGUAUUCCGGAUAACACUUUACGUUCGCAAGCUAAAAUGCAACGAUUUCAUGACAAAUAUGAAUUGUUAGAAGCGUUUAGAAAUAUUCAAUUGCCACGAUAUAUAUCAAAGAAAAUGACAGCAGACAAUCAACAUGAGCAGUCGAAUAAUGGACAACAAACAACAAGAGUCGUGAGAUGCUACAAUUGCAACUCCGUUGGCCAUUUAGCAAGUGUAUGCCGAAAACCCAAACGAGAGCUUGGUGCUUGUCAUGUAUGCGCUGAAGUUGGCCAUUUAGCAGCAAAUUGUCCACAAAGGAAGAGCCGCCCUGUACAACAUGUCACAGAAUUGAUGGAAGGCGAUGAAUAUGAUCAUUAAUUGAUACGGGAAGCCCCAUUAGCUUUGUUCGCCAACAGUUCGUACCAGAUGUAGUAAUAAACAGAAAGAACAAUGUAUUUUUAAAAUAUAGUGGUAUAAACAAAAGUCCAUUAUCUAUUGU